GAGGACUGCACCCUACAGAGAAGAGUAGACUUCAACUCUGAGGAGAACUAAAGAAAACACUGGCUGGAGUUUGUGUGAAGAUCAGUGAAGCUGAAGUUCAGUUCAGGAUGAAGAUCCUCCUCAUCUUCACUCUCUACCUGAUCUCAGGUCCCGUGAGCUGCUUCAAUGUGAUUGGCUACCCAGGAGGUAGUGUCAUGAUCUACUGCAAUCAUCAGAAGAGUGGAGGGAUUAACAAAUAUUACUGGAAGGUGGCAACAGAGUAUACAUACGCAGAAACACCAAACACAUGGAUUCAUAAAGACAGAUUUUCUCUAUUUAACAGUGAUGAAGCACUUGUAGUGAUGUAUAGAAACCUGAGGUUACAGGACGCUGGAUUAUAUCAGUGUGGAGAGACUGGAGAGUGGAAUCAUGAUGUGAACCUGACAGUGAAACCAGAUCCGUGUUGUUUGGGGCCAAAUCUGUCUGGUUAUCUGGGAGAGACGGUCACCAUCAGCUGUUCAUAUCCAGAGGAGUUUAAAACAAACAUCAGGUUCUUCUAUAAAUGGACUGGGGAAUAUUUUACUGAACUGAUCCACACGACAGAGACUCGGAAAGACAGAUGCUCCAUCUCUGAUGACAGAAGAUCUAAAAUUCUCAGAGUGAGAAUCAGUGAUGUGAGAGAAGAUGAUGGAGGAGUUUAUUUCUGUGGAGCUGAGGAAAGAAUGGGGUCAAUCAGCUAUAAGUCCUUCUUUACAGAGAUUCAGCUCCAGGUUUCUGAAACAUCAAGUCCAUCUACAACAGAAAAAACACAAGUCUCAUCUGAUAAAGAAGAUUUCAGUGCUUCAUGUUCCCCUGUGAUCAUCAUCACUGUGAGUGUCUGUGUGGCUCUGCUGCUGAUUGGAGGAUCAGCACUGAUCUUCUACAAACUGAGAUGCACCAAGAUGAUACAAGGCUCCACCUCUUCACCAAAAAGGAUGGAGGAGAAUAAUACAAUUUCUCACUCUGCAUGUGACUAUGAGGAGAUUAGAUACAUAAGACCCCAUUCAGGCAGUGGAUCUACUGCACUUUACUCUAUGAGCCAACCCCCAAGAGCCCCCUCUGAUCCCCCAAACACUGUAUACACCACUGCACAACUGCCAUCAAACCCUCCAGAAGAAACCAAAUUCUCCAGUUGAUGCCACAGUGAACGUCCGUCAGCAGGAAUCUUCUGAUGACGCCAUUAACCUUCUUCUUCUUCUUUUGGCUGCUCACUUUAGGGGUCGCCACAGCGGAUCAUCUGCCUCCAU